AGCAGAGCCACCCAAGAAAACUACUAUACAUAGUGAUCGAUCUUCAGGCCCAGGGAUCCGACUGCGCAAUCCCCCGUCUCACCAGUUCUACCCUCGUUUCGCAAUUGUCCCUCUUCCACCAUCACACUGUUCCAGCAACCUCCUGGGUUUCAGCUCGAUUCCCUUAGCGACUCGUGCUUUUACACUCUUUGAAUACCUUCAGCAUUUCCUUCCGAUUCUCGUGUCCGAAGCACAGAAUUUCCUCCGCCAGUCUGUGUCGCAACAAAACGAGGCCGUACAAACGAUGAAUUUCUAAUCCUCACGAUCGUCCCACUAUAUUUUGGCUACCCUACAUAACGAAUCACCAUUAGCAAUGACUGUUGCCGAAGGAAGUGGCCAGGUGCCGCUUCCACACACCAAGCCUGCGCAUUAUGCGACAACUACAUUGAAAGUGGACGGCAUGACUUGUGGCGCCUGUACAUCCGCAGUCGAAUCCGGCUUCAAGGGUGUCGAUGGCGCCGGUGCUGUGUCGGUCAGUCUCAUGAUGGGAAGAGCAGUGAUACACCAUGACCCUGCAAUUCUCCCAGCAGAGAAGCUUGCAGAAAUCAUCGAAGAUCGUGGCUUCGACGCCGAGGUUCUCACCACCGACAUGCCUCAACCGACGAAAAUUUCUGUUGAUGAGAAUGCCACACGUCUCACCACUACCACGUUGUCUGUGGAGGGAAUGACAUGCGGCGCUUGCACUUCUGCGGUGGAGGCCGGGUUCAAGGAUGUCCCGGGCGUCAAGAGCAUGAGCAUUUCACUUCUUGCAGGGCGUGCAAUAGUACAACAUGAUGCGAGCAUCAUCGAGGCCAGCGCUUUGGCUGAGAUCGUCGAAGACUGCGGAUUCGACGCCAAGGUAUUGGAUUCAAAAGUACAAGAACCCAAACCUAUACUCCACCUGUCCACAAAGGAGCAAUCGCCGGCUACAUGGACUACAACGGUUGCCAUCGAAGGAAUGACCUGCGGAGCGUGUACCUCCUCGGUGGAGGGGGCAUUCAAGGACGUGCCAGGCUUGGUCCGUUUUAACAUCAGUCUCCUCGCAGAACGAGCAAUGAUUUGUCACGAGCCGGAGAUUUUGCCCGCAGAGAAGAUUGUCGAAAUGAUCGAGGACGCAGGAUUUGACGCCAAGGUUGUAACUACAAGUGCCGAUGCCGCUGCUCAAGGCAGUUCGUCGCUCACACAACAACUUAAAAUAUACGGUUUGGCCGAUGGCGCGGCUGCUACUCAACUUGAAGACGAGAUCAGAUCAAAAUCCGGCGUCCAGAGCGCUGUCAUUAGCCUGUCGACUUCACGUGCUAAUAUUUCAUAUGAUCCUUCAGUUAUCGGUCUCAGGGCACUUGUGAGCAUCAUUGAGGCCGCUGGCUACAACGCCUUGGUGGCUGAUACCGAGGACAACAAUGCCCAGAUCGAAUCACUCGCGAAGACAAAAGAGAUCAUGGAGUGGCGACGCGCUUUCUUGACGUCUCUGGGGUUUGCUAUUCCGGUCCUCUUCAUCAGCAUGAUCCUGCCAAUGUGUUUUCCAGCCUACAAUUUCGGCGCUUUCCAACUAAUACCCGGUCUCUUUUUGGGCGAUAUUAUCUGCUGCGGAUUGACAAUUCCGGUCCAGUUUGGCAUCGGGAAGCGAUUCUACGUCUCAGCAUUCAAAAGUUUAAAACAUAAAUCCCCGACCAUGGACGUCCUGGUGGUCCUCGGUACAUCGGCGGCAUUCUUCUUCAGUUGUUUCGCCAUCAUUGUUGCCAUCUUGUUCCCACCUCAUAAUAACCCUGGAACGGUCUUCGACACAAGCACUAUGCUGAUCACAUUUAUCACUUUGGGCAGGUGGCUAGAAAACCGAGCAAAGGGUCAGACGUCUAAAGCGUUGUCGAACCUUAUGUCGCUUGCCCCGAGUAUGGCAACAAUCUAUGAAGAUCCGUUGUAUGCAGAGAAGCUCGCAGGAUCCUGGACCGCUCCCUCAUCACCCGUUCUAGAAAAGGUUCCGACGAAUGAUUUCAACAAGACCCCUGCUCCAGCUACCGGCCCUGCCGCAGUCGAAAAGGUUAUUCCGACGGAAUUGCUUGAGGUCGGAGACGUCGUCAUCUUACGCCCUGGUGACAAGGUCCCUGCAGAUGGGACAGUCACUCGUGGCGAAAGCUUCGUUGACGAAAGCAUGGUUACGGGCGAGGCUAUGCCCAUCUUCAAAAAGAAGAACAGCGUUCUCAUCGCCGGGACUGUCAAUGGUGCAGGCAAGAUCGACUUCAAAGUCACCCGUGCCGGUAAAGACACACAGCUGAGUCAAAUUGUGAAUCUCGUACAAGAAGCACAAACAAGUCGAGCUCCAAUUCAACGUAUGGCAGAUCUUGUGGCGGGUUAUUUCGUUCCGGUCAUUAUCCUCCUUGGGUUGAUCACUUUCGUUGGGUGGAUGGUUCUUAGCCAUACCUUAUCGAACCCGCCCAAAAUCUUUGUCGACAGCCAAAGCGGUGGAAAAUUCAUGGUGUGCUUAAAGCUUUGCAUUUCUGUCAUUGUUUUUGCCUGCCCAUGUGCUUUGGGGCUUGCGACUCCGACAGCUGUCAUGGUAGGAACAGGUGCAGCAUCACAACAGGGAAUUCUUGUCAAGGGCGGUGCCGCCCUUGAGACUGCCACCCGAAUCACACAUAUCAUUCUUGACAAAACCGGUACUCUGACUUUCGGCAAGCUCAAAGUGGCCGAAAGACACAUCGAAUCGCUCUGGACGUCCAACGAGUGGAGGAUCAAGCUUUGGUGGACACUGGUUGGAUUGGCUGAGUCCGGGUCUGAGCAUCCGAUUGCCAGAUCCAUCCUCGCAGAAGCACGAGAACAGCUCGCUCUUGGACCAGAAGAUACGUUUCCUGGACAAGUUGGCACUUUUGGCGUUACAGUUGGCCAGGGUGUCUCUGCAAUCAUCGAGGUCUCGACUCCUGGUGAACAGAGCCAGUACAAGAUUUACGUGGGCAACGCAACUUUCCUGCACAACAAAAAGAUCGAAAUCCCGUUCGAGGUCGAAGAAGCCGUCAAUACAGCCAUGUCACCUACAACUCGGACAAAGUCAAAGACUGGUAUCACAACGACAUAUGUGGCCAUCAAUGGCAAAUUCGCCGGCACACUUGGGCUCUCGGAUACUUUAAAACCCACUGCGCCUGCAGCCAUCGCGGCUCUGCAUAAGAUGGGUAUCAGCACGUCUCUGGUGACUGGUGACACCUAUAACACUGCUCUGUCCAUCGCGGAACUUGUGGGCAUUCCUAAAGACGCUAUCCGGGCAGCUGUUUCACCCGGUGAGAAGCAAUCCAUCGUGGCUGAACUACAAGCUCAAGGAGAGGUUGUUGCCAUGGUCGGUGAUGGUAUCAACGAUUCCCCUGCGCUUGCCACGGCAGAUGUAGGCGUCGGUCUUGUCUCCGGCAGUGAUAUUGCUGUCGAGGCGGCCGACGUUGUCGUCAUGCGUUCAGAUGAUAUGCUUAAUGUUCCCGCGGCUCUACACCUCUGCCGGGUCAUCUUCCGUCGCAUUAAGAUGAACCUUAUCUGGGCAUGCGCAUACAACGUCAUUGGUCUUCCGUUCGCAAUGGGUAUCUUCCUCCCUCUUGGAUAUCACAUGCCUCCAUUGAUGAGCGCUACUGCAAUGAUAUUUAGCAGCAUCAGCGUCACCCUUAGUAGUCUAGCUCUCAGAUGGGCUGGACGACCGAAGUGGUUGACGAUUGAGCAUUUGGAGAUGGAACGGAGCAAUAUCAUUGUUCCAGUUAUCGGGCGGCGAUCCAAACCAAAUGUGGUGGGUAGAUUUGUCGAUGCAGUAAGCGGAAUGUUUGACGGAUCAAUCGUCAAGAGAAGAAGAGAAGAGAAGGAUAGAGGAAGCUAUGUUCCGCUCAGGAAUGUUGAUGUUGAGGCGGUAUAAGUUGUACAACAAGCAAACACUGUACGCACGCAUCUACAAUACAGAUUUGGUGGAAGAUUUUUCAUUUGUGUAAUACCUUUAUAUAUAGCACGCGUCCUCCGUAUACCCCAUUCAUAUCUGGUUGCGUGUUGGACAUUCUCGUAUCGCAACAAGUACAGAACAUAUACAUACUCCCUCUAUGAUGCAUGUGCCUAC